AUACUUUUGUUUUUGUUUCGCAUAGCUGUCAUACUUUUUUUUCUCCGGAAAAUGCUCGUGCUCUCUGCCACCGCGAUCGUGGUUCGCUCUCCCUGAGUUUCACGUAUCAGCGCCGUCACACCCGCGCGUCGGAGACGGUCGCUAUCGCUAGAAGGAAAAAAAAAAAACAAAUUGAUUCGUCGAGCUGCAAUCCGCCGGAGAGAAAGGCUCCGCGCACACCUGCGAGCUUCUUCACUUGACACUGCGACGGCCGAGCGGGCGACAUUUCUGCGGAGAAAAACAAGAGUCGUCUCGUUUCUCGACGAGAUUUCGCAAAGGACAUUCCCGAGCCCUCGAAGGCAGCGCCCGUCGUCUCGGCAGAAGCUGCACGCUUGAACGAACAAAGCUAGGGUUUCUUGGACAGGAAGGGUUUAGAAUACGAGUUUGCCGAGGUCACAGCAGGGAACCAUGACAGCCCACCCCGACUCCGUCAUCCAGGAGUUGAGUAGGCUGCACAUCAGCCACGUGACACCCCAGCAAUACUCGCCACUCAGGGGCAAAAAGAUAGCACCUGUGGUUCCUCCCAAACCCAAGAAAGUCACCCCAACGCAAGGACACCAUGGAAAUUCGCAUGUGCCUGACACAACAUAUGCCAACUUGUCGGCGCCACCUCCUGUGAUGCCCUGCAAAGCAGAGCCACAGGCGAGCCCAGCCACAGCAUUCGAGAGGCAUGCCGUAGUAUCGGCCGCUGCACUGGAUUCAACAGACCCACUGCCUCCGCCUCCUCCCCCGCCAACACUCGGCCGAAUUCCAUCGUACUCAGCGUCGCAGCAGCAGCAGACUUGCCGUUCUGCCUCAUACUCUGAAGACUUGCCUCCACCAUCGCCACCGCGGUCACCCGACAGCAUGGCAUACGGCACGGCCCAGUCCUCGUCGGCUUCUUUCCACCACUUCAGGCCACAGUCAUCAGCGAGCACGUACGACUCGGGCUCCAUCUACGAGCCCAUUGUGCCGCGACCUCCCAGCCAAAUGUCGGGGUACAGCAGCACAGGCUCAUCCCUGUAUUCGUCCUACUACCCGGGCCGUAUGGGUUCUGGCCACAAGUCUGGACACCAACGUGGGGGCCAGGAGGCCGAGGUGGACCACCUCACCGAUUUGCUGGUGCAGAGCAUGGAGAGCUCGGGCGAUCCAGAUUUCUUCGGCAUGUGUUACAAAUGUGGAGAAAAAGUGCUUGGAGAAGGCAGUGGGUGCACUGCCAUGGACCAGGUCUAUCACAUCAAGUGCUUCACUUGUCACGUUUGCAUGAAAGAACUGAGAGGAAAGCCCUUUUUUGCUAUGGAGGGGAAGCCAUACUGUGAAGAUGACUACUUGAACACAUUGGAGAAGUGUUGCGUAUGUGAGAAGCCCAUCCUCGACAGGAUCCUGCGCGCCACUGGCAAGCCCUACCAUCCGGCCUGCUUCAGAUGUGUAGUGUGCGGCCAGUGCCUAGAUGGCAUUCCCUUCACCGUAGACGCCACCAGUCGGGUCCACUGCAUCGACGACUUCCACAAGAAGUUCGCCCCUCGCUGUUGCGUGUGCUCUCAGCCAAUUAUGCCCGAGCCGGGCAAAGAAGAAACAGUGAGGGUUGUUGCCCUGGAUCGGAGCUUCCACAUCAACUGCUACAGAUGUGAGGACUGUGGACUGCUACUUUCAUCCGAAGCCGAAGGCCGGGGCUGCUACCCGCUAGACGACCACAUCCUCUGCAGGAGUUGCAACGCGCGCCGCGUGCAGACUCUCACCUCCAGGAUGGUCUCCGAGCUCUGAGGUUUCCGUGACGUGGGCCUCACUGCUCAACAAUGUGAUAAUUUUAUGCCUGAAAGGGCUGCACAGUAGCGGCGGCCAGUAAACGAUGGCCAUUUUAGUCACAGACCCGAGUAGCUUGCCCGCAGCUACUCGUCGGGCGAGCGUGUUGUAAAUGUGUAGCUUCUUGUACUGCACACCAUUCCACACAGAUGGCUCUUGAUGGCGUGCGUUGCAGGCUCGCAUCUGUGAGGCUUCUCUUCGUCGUUACCUGUCGCAGUGGCCCGAUUACUGUUCUCUGGUGCCGAGCUUGAGGUCAUGGGUCAGAGUCCCGGCGGCGGGCAGACACCACCCCCGAGUAACAUAGCCGUGGCGGCCGCAUUGCAAUGGGGGCAGAAUGCAAAAAAUGCUCGUGUACUUAGACCUUUAGGUGCACGUUAAAAGAUCCCCCCCCCCUCUUCGAGUAGUUAUGCUUCAUCUGGGCUCUGUCUUGGCAUCCCUCAUUGGAACAUAAAGCGCCAAGAACAAGAACCAGUCUCUUAUUAAGAAUUGAAGGAGUUGACUGGGAGGCAAUUGCCAUUCUUUUUUUUUUUACUGACUAGACACUGCCUAAAACGUGUAGCAUUAGGUGACAACUACUACCAGCGUUAGGAAAUAUCUGCAAACACAGGAGAGAUACUUUUUGAGUAUUGAUAGAAUUUGUACAUAUAUUAUUGUCAUAAAGUCUUAACAGACAUGAGUUCACGAGCAAACGUCACUGCGCAUCAUGCUGCCGCCACAUCUACAGCAUGAAAAGCUUGAAGAAUUUAAAUAUUCACGUUCUGUAAUUUCAGAUGUAAAAGACUUUAAGCAGAAGUUUUUACCUUUUGUUAUCCAGAGAGAGCUGUUCCUCUCAAGGACUACAUAUGCACUUGUUUGUGAGCUUACCAGCACUGUCCGAUUCAGACUGUGCCCAUGUUUAUGAAGAUAUUUCUGUCGUGCAAUGUGAUCCAAAUUAGCCGAGGAUCCACCAGUUUGUGCAUUGGGCUGCGGAGUCUGAUAAUGGUGAAAAUUGAGAUAUUCACAAUUUUUGCCCUGUGCUAGUACUCAUUGCUGCUAAAGAAUGUAAAUAAUAUCAUAGAAGUGCUGUGCCAUGUACUCAAAUUUUGAAGGUCAAUAAAGAACAGUGCCCAUGUCA